ACAACUCCUAUAUGACGUGAUAAAUGUGGUAUGCGAGUAUGCGUGUCUUAUACAGUGACUUCUAUUGACUGCCUGCAGCUUUCCGCUUCUUGCAGCAGUGCAACAGGAGCCAUGCCAAGACAUGUUGUCGUAGAACAAUUUUUUUUGGCAUCCUCAAGACACUCUUCAGAUGCCUGCAUAGGGAUGGACACGGCACCUUAAAUACUGUUCACCCCACCUCUACCAGCAAAAAGAGACAAGUGAAAGAGAAUUACAUAAUGACCUACGAAAGGCAAUUAUAUAGACCUACGCUGUUUAGCGUUCUCUCCAGUGGGUGCCCUCCUGCUCAAACAUCCGCGGCAAGGAGACAGCUGCCACUGCCGCUAAGAUGGGACUUCCACAUGUAAACAUAACCGCCCCCCCCCUCUUGCUACCACUCUCCGAGAAAAUAUUGUCGUAUCUCGGGAGCCUGCUGUUUUACAUGGGAUAUUUCACUAUUUAAUGUCCCCCGUGUUACAUGCAUGAGUCUGUGCCAAAGUAACUCUUCCCUGCGGCCGUGGUGUAGAAAACGUCCCGUUCAUUAGACAACUUCAUCAACCCUCACCCGCCUCAGUCUGGGCAGCACGUUUCCCUCAUUGAUGAAGUACUCUUAUUGAAAGGAAGCACCUCCCUCACCCUUGACACUCACUGGCAGGCCCUGCUUUCUCUACGGUGCUCUCUCAGACUGCCAGGAUGCUGCCCCACCUCAGCCGUGCCAUGUGUCGGCUCCUCCUGCAGGGACAAUUCUUUUCUCUUCGCCGCCAAAGUUUGCAUCAGGGAGCACGAAGAUUUGUAGUGAGUCCCCUGGUGAAGGAUGCACUCUCCUCCUGUCACCCUGUGGUUGCCUUAGAGUCAACAAUAAUCACUCAUGGCAUGCCUUACCCUCACAAUCUGGAAACUGCCUUGGAAGUAGAAGAAGUUGUCAUAAAAGAGGGAGCAGUGCCGGCCACUAUCGCUGUCUUGGAUGGCCAGGUCCAUGUUGGCCUGUCAGAGGAGCAGCUCCAGAAUUUAGCCAUCAAGAAAGAUUGCAUUAAAACCUCUCGAAGGGAUUUCCCUUAUGUUCUAGCAAAGGGCCUGACUGGAGGGACGACUGUAUCUGGCACAAUGGUCGUGGCACACCGAGUGGGCAUUCCCAUCUUUGUGACGGGUGGCAUUGGUGGCGUGCACCGAGGGGCCGAGACCACCCUGGACAUCUCUGCAGACCUCACUGAGCUGGGCCGCACGCCGGUCUGUGUCGUCUGUGCUGGUGUGAAGAGCAUCCUAGAUGUGGGCAGGACGCUGGAGUAUUUAGAGACUCAGGGUGUGUGUGUAUCUGUCUUGGGCCCAGAUGCAAAGUUUCCUGACUUCUUUACAAGAGACAGUGGCUUUUUGGCUCCGUCUCAUGUGGAGUCUCCAGCUUUGGCUGCUCUGAUGAUGCAGAAGAGGGCUGAACUCAGUCUGGACUCUGGCAUGUUGAUUGCUGUGCCUAUCCCAGAGGAGCAUGAGGCAGAGGGCUACCUCAUCAAAGAAGCCAUAGAUCAGGCAGUUAAAGAGGCAGCAAGCAUAUCUGGCCGAGAUGUCACGCCUUUCAUCCUCAGCAGAGUGUCGGAGAUCACUGCUGGCCAGAGUCUCAAAUCCAAUAUUGGUUUGAUCAAGAAUAAUGCCAAGAUUGGAUCCCAGGUAGCUGUUGAGUUUGCCAGCCUGACAGCACCAGCCAGCAGAUAUGUUCCUCCCAUCCAGGAGGGUAAGAGCAGUGACUGGGAUACUGAAGACAGCUCAAGGCCUGUGGUGGUGGGCGGCAGCAUAGUGGACUUUGUGGUGACCGUCCUGGAGCCGCAGCUUGAGCUUCCAUAUGGCGUCAGCAUGGAUUACAUUAGCGCUACCUCUCCCACUGAGAAAUUGCCGUGAGUGAGGAUCGAACUGGUGACGUUUAAGCCGUGAAGCGAGCACAGCAUCACUGAGCCACCAGCGCCUAUCAUCACCAGUUCAUCAUCAUCAGUCAUCAUCAUCAUUAUCCUCCUGUCACGGUGUCCAUCUAACUUAUGCUGUGAACUUGUCUCAAAACAUUUCAUUACGUGAGUCUAUGGUCGGCCAGAACGUUAAUGUACAUGAGCUAUGAACUACCCCCACUGAAUCCAUUACUUCUUUUACUGUCAAUGGUGUAUAUUGAAAUAAUACUCUACACUUGCACCAAAAACAUUGAAUUAACUUACCUCAUCCAUGACUAACCAAAACGUUAAUGCACUAAGAACUCUGAGUCAUCCCAUUAACUCCAUUACUAUUGAAAUGAUUAAACUUCCAUCAAAACAUUUAUUAACUUAGAGCAUCCACAGCAGACCAAAGAACUAAUGUGUUAAGCUCCGAGGCAUCCCAUUACCUCCUCUUAGUGUUGAUUUCACGCUCCCAACACGCACAUUUCAUUAAGUCUGAGUAGCCAAAGAGUUACUGUAUACCUGCCGUGACUGUGGCCGUUGUAAGUGGCAGGUAUACGAGACAUGUUUUAUUCAUACGUAAUAGUUGUGCUGCAAAAGUCCUGGUGCAUUGUGCGUGUGUAUCUGUCUGCAUGUAUGAAUAAACAGCAAAGAUGAUGAACCUUCUUGCAGGUGCUGUUCCUUACUCUUUACCUGUCCAUGAAUAUAAAACAACCCUUGGUAAUAUAUGAUGGAUAAAGGUAAUUUUUUUUCCCCCAGUGCAUGGCUGUAUGUCUUUUCGCAUG